AGUAUAUAUAAUACGUUCUUCUCUCUCUAUUAUAUAUUAUAACAGCACCAUAACGUCGUGCAGUAAUAUUUGGAGUAUACUGGUCCACUGGUUCAAAGGAGUAUCAUCGAGUAUGUGCUCCACCAGUACGGAUCGAGUCAACUGUCAAGUCUGUGGCAGAAGCCGACGAGUGCCACCUGAACUGAUGCCUAAUGCACAGUACUUCGUUUGUCGUGAUUGCGUGGCAAGAGCAUUCCCACAUCUGGACGCGGGUCACCGCGAUCGACGCCAGACUGAUUUCCGUAAUAUGUCGACAGCUUCUAUGGGAGAGGAUAUUGAUUCGACUCUGUACGAUCCGUAUGCUUCUGAGAGAUUGGAGGAACCUCCAAGGACCGCUGGCGAUGCAGUUCGGUCUCAGGAUCGUCUCAAAGCUAUGGAACGUGCCAAAUCACAAACUUUCGAGAUUAAGAGAGUCACGUCGACGUUCUUCAAAGUGAAUAGCAGUGGUCAGGCUGUUCAGACUACUCAUGCACCUCGUGGAUCAUUGGAGCUCUCCGACUUGGCCAUUGAUGAUGAUGACGGUACUUGCAAAAUCUGUAUGGAGGAUCCCGCGACUAUUAUACUGUUACCGUGUGGACACGGUGGACUCUGCCAAGGCUGUGCCAAGGACUUAGUACUUGCAGGGAAAACAUGCUACAUUUGCCGCGAAGAAUUUACAAUGCUAGCUGAGAUGAGUCAGAAGUGGUCGAAGUCCGACGCUGUUACUGCCACUCCAGAUCACGAAGAGGAAGAGGCAGUGGAGAAGGCAGAGUACUUGGGUCGUAUGAUCCGACCUGAUGCCCUCCAUCAUGCGACUUCAAAUGCUAGGGCUGAUGAUGGGCGGCCGCUUCUCGUUGCAGCUAAUAGUGUUGAGGAUGAUGCCAAUACUGUCACGAGCCUUCCUCACAAUGCCAACAAUAACGAUGAUGAUGAUAAUACUUCAUCGACAGAAAAUCAUAUAUUGGACACGAUGCAACUUGCUGAUCGGGAAGAGACAAUACUGACGAUGGACAGAACACCUGCUGCUGCUGCUAUCAUAGCUCUAUGA